AUGGAUACAUUGGCGAAGUUGAUUUCCGACCAUUUUCUGCAUUAUGACGAGUUUCUGGCUGACCAGCUUGAUAUCCUGGCUAUUGUAUUUAGUGGUAGUGCAGUCUACUACCACGCCGAACGCUCGACACUUGACCAAGCUCGGGAUUUCGAUGGCGCAAUCUUGGUCAAAGGUCGUGGCGACAUAGCGACGUUACUGAACGACAAAAGACCUCUGUUGAAAAGACUGCUAGCCAUGCAACGGGAGGAACAUCCUUCAUGGGAUCUCUCAGCAGACAGUUUGCAGUCGGUAGACGGAGUACGCUUCGCUGGUUGGACUUCGAAUGAUGUCAAGCUUUCUUACAAAAUCCUGAGUCUUGAGAGCUUCUCUACGUCGCCAGGCGUUACUCAUCUACUGUCUAGAAAAGAUCGCAGAGUCUACGAAGGCUAUACAUCUGAAGGGUGGCCCACGUUGAGGGUGCAGCAAGCGACCAAGAUCAAGAACCAUACCGUUGUCCUGCACGACAACUGGGUUCUGGAUUCUACAUUCAUCUUUCCCACAGGGUCAAAACAGGACUCUAUCAUCUUCGGGGUGACUGCCGACCUGCUUCUGACUGGCUACUGGUUUCGAGAUCUGGAGAACAAUGGGGACUUCAUCAGGAGAAAGUUGAUAUCAUAUGCUUCCGAAAAGGGUAGCAUAGGGAUGUGUAGUCCAGUCUUUGCUCGUGACAUGCGCUUUGAGCCACUCUAUAGAGCUUGGCUUGCCAGUCAGCUUUCGCGGUAUGUUAACUUCGGCUCUCUACAUACGCGAGCUCGUGUGACUCGAGGUCCUGUACACAUCUCGAUAGCAAGCUCCAUUGCGCGGCCUUCUUGUUUUUGUUCCCACUAUGGCCCUUCAACUGUGUUAAGAUUGGCCGUAUCAAUUGGGGAAGAGGAACUGAAAAAGGCGUUACAGCACUUGGAACAUGAUUACGUUCUCAACCCAUUCUCUUCAAACUCUCGCACAGGCGUGGCUGAAGUUAUGGCGAUGACGUAUGACGAAUCAUAUCAUCCUCUGAAAGUCUUUUUCAAGACCACGACCAUCGAGAAGCAGAGGUUAGAGGAGAAGAUCUGGGGGAAGAUCACAGCAUUCUAUCCUUUCAUUCAGAAGCCUCUGAAUCUUGAAAGUGUAGCCUGCUAUCCUUAUCUAGACUUCUCCACGCAGUCGCAGCUUCAUGCUGAGUAUAUGCAUAAGCCGUCGGAGAACGGCCUGACGUCGAUGAUCGACAUCGAAAUGAGGAAAUCUGAGGAUACUCUCAGAGCGUAUCGUGAAUCCUUUCAGAGCCAGGGCUGUGGGAAAUAUAUGGCUGAGAAAUGGCAGAUACAUCGCUUCUUCUGGUUGAGACUGGCACAAGAGGAGCGAUUUGCGAGAUGGUACAAAGACGGCAUUGUUGUUGACGGCCACCGAUUGCAACUCGAGGAAUUUACCAAGCUUACACUUUGUGUCAACGGCAAGCGUUAUUCUUCUUUCGGAGAUCUCCACGCUCUUGCACAGAGUGUGCUGGCCCCUACAAGCUUCUCGGACUCGCCAAUUGUAUUCGGCUUAGGAGAUGCUCAUGGGGGCAAUGUGAUGAUCUCAUCAGAAGGCUCACCUCUUCCAGGUGAAAAGCUUCUAUAUAUCGACUACGAAGUCAGUGGAUUCCAUUCACCUUUCCUGGAUCUUGCUAAGCCACUAUAUAACGACGUCUUUUUCGCAGCUCUAUAUGCCGACUUGGCACCGGCAAAGUUCUCGGUAAACGUGCGUCUAGAAAACGAUUGUCUGUUCAUUGACACACGCUGUCAGGAAGAUUCCCUCGCUCUGGCGAUAUUGCGUAUCAAGCGGCAUUUCCUAAUCGAGCCGUUAUGCAAGACUUUAGUCGAAAAUUCGGUCGAUUUGGCAAGGGGGGUUCAGAUUUUGGUGAACGCUCUGUUCGCAUGUGCACUUCUCACACGCAACUUUGUUGACGGCUGGGAUCAACUCUUCGUGAACCUCGCAAUUGGGACCUCUCUGUCGUCUUGCCGUACUUUCGAGGAUAUCUGGCAAACUUGCACGGAGUUGCUGUCACCAUCUUGUUGCUGCGAAUACUCAAGGAAUCCUGCACCUUUUUCUCGCGGUGAAUGUAUGUCAACGGAUCAGAUACUGGCUUAG